AUGUGGGUAGGGGACCACUUUGACAAGGCUACGAAGGGACCAAGGAUGUGCUGUAUGGUCCUUGUUAAACUUCAUCCCCUCCGCAGAGAAUUAAAAUAAUGAUGGCAUGUCUUUGGAUAACCUUCAGGAAUAUUUCCCAAACCGUCGGCAGUAGCCUAUUGUGCAACUCUAGAGCGACAAAAAUAAGUAACUUCAACUAAUUGAAUAAAACGAGAAUUACUUUCCCUUCCGAAAACCCUGAUUGUUGGAGCCUUUUUAAAUCGCCAGAAAGUUGCGUUUGCAAUCGAAAGUUUGUUGUUGUUUGUGUGAAUAGUAGUGAUUUGAUUUAAUGAUUUGUUGUUAAGUGUUUGCCUAGUUAAAAUGAAUCCUGCUGACAGUAGUAACAUCUAUUGUUAAAUCUUUGCCACUGCAGCAAGUGUAAAAAGUUCAGCUUGUCAUACCUGUCAUCAUUUACUCUUUCCGAGGAGGUACUUUCAAAGUAGUAAUCGUAAAAAGAUAUUUGAAAUGCAGUCUGACUCCAAAACCAAUCCUUUGGCCCUCCUUGUACAGAUAUGUAGCAAUAUAGGCGCAGAGAAACCAACAACCAAGAACUCAUCAUCGGACAAAAAUGGCAACUCCAGUAGCAACAACAGCAACAGUAAUGGCAGUAGCAGCAGUGAAGAGAUCCGAGUAACCAAAGAUAAGGAUGUCUUGUCUUGCAGUCCUGCAAACAGCGUGCACUCCGCGUCUUCUCUGACCAGUUCUAAUCGAACGUCCAGGGGUGACGACGCUCCAGGGUUCAACAGCAAUAGUUCGAAAAGGAACACUCCAUCGGAAUGCAGAUCCUCGCCUUUGCUAGGGAGGUCUUCGGUGGAAAGGAGAACAACACCCGGUAGUGUACAUUCACCCGAUGGUAGCAUACACCAUCGACCUAAAUCGGGUGGAGAAAAGACUCCGACUUCGAGUGCCACUACUUCUUCUAGUCAUGAAUCUCAUCAGUCCUCUGUGACAUCAUCUGCAGGGGCUGGUGGCAGCUCUUCUAGUGAUCCCACCUAUAGUUCCUCUUCCCUGGGGCUGGACUUUUCAAGAGACACUGGACUUCUUGGCAAAGAUGGUGGCUCUUCUAGCUCUCUUAGUGGUCUCGGAAGUUACAAAGCCGGAUUAAAUGGACUGAAUCCUUUGGCAUUAGCCAACUGUUCUGGCUGCAGCCCUGUAGCUGGACACAUACCCUUAGAUGCCACAGCAGCCGCUACUUAUCCUCUUGCUGGGGCUCUGAAAGGUGCUGCUGGCUAUUCAUUUGGAUCCGCUCUUUCGCCUUAUAUGAACUAUGCACGUAUGAAGAGUGCUGCCGCAGGUGGCGCUGCUGCAUUCGUUCCCGUAUGUCGCGACCCUUACUGCACUAACUGUCAACUAGCCGCUCAGUUGCCCUAUCAAGACAGGCUAGCUGCUCACAUGUCUGGCCUUUAUCCCGGUGGUUUACCCGGAUACCCUGUGCCUGGUUUUGCCAGUCCAGGUUCUUCAGCCUUUGCCUCGUCUGUUAUACCAAGGCCUAAUGUUUGUAGUUGGAUGGCAGGUGGUACUUUCUGUGGCAAGCAGUUUGCUUCAUCGGAUGAACUGUUUCAACAUUUAAGGACUCACACCAAUAUAUCUGGGGCAUCAGGCUCUUUGCCCCUCUAUUCUUCUGGGGUAAGCUUGCCUUCAGCCCUAGCAAUGGAUGCAUGUGGCUUAUACACUACCCCUUCUCUAACUACCCCUGCUGGACUCAGAAGGACUUAUCCCACUAGUUUGAGCCCUGUUAGCUCAUUAUCUGCAGCAAGCAGAUACCAUCCUUAUAAACCUCCUGGGCUAUCUCCUUUAUCAUCAGCACCCUUACCACCCCUAGGACAUCCUGGACUAGGUUUCUACAAUCCAUAUAGUGGUGUUUAUGGUAAAGGAUAAUAGAUGCUUGUGUCUUGAUAUGUACAUAGGAACCUAUAAAUAAUUAUAAAUAUUGUAAUAAAUUAUAGAAUUAGCUAUAAAAUGAAAUGAAGUGAAUUCAUUUGAUUUGUUUAUAUUAUAAAUAGAACUUAAGGGGACACUUCACGAUGGAAAACCCAAAAAUCGACCAAAUUAUACUUUUUUCAAUUUUUGUUUCAAAAAAUAAUACUUAUAUCUAGCUACAAUUUAAAAGAAAAAUUUUUCAAUUUCAUUCAUUUUUUGCAAAGUUAUAAGCAUUUCAAGAUUUGUAAACAAGGUUAUGUAAACUGUCUGUUUUUAUAGUUAAACUGUUUUUUCUCAAUGUUGUUUUUUACGAUAAUAUUCAAACUUCGAAAAGUUCCUUGCGCAUGAGUUUUGAAUAAAUCUUUAUUUUUUUCUCAUAUAUAUGAUUGGUCUAAUGUUCCGUAACCAAUGUGAUAUAAAUAAAAGCUGAAUACUCACUGAAUAUUUUUUAAAUUACUUUAAAUUGUUAUUUAAAUUUCAAUUUUUAAAAAUUAUAUAAAGACUAUGAUAUUUUGAUUUUUUAUUUGUUUAAAAUUAAGUGCUAAGUUGUUCAAACAUAUCCAAUUUUAUUUAUACUUAUUCAAACUGUAAUAUAAAUGAGUUUCAUACAGCUACGAUAAAAACUCAUGCGCAGGAAACAUUUUGAAAUAUUGGAACAUUUAGUAAUUUAACUUGCGGAUAAAUUAUUAAAAAAAUUAUAACUUUUCAACAAAUUAAUAUUUUUGCUUCAAAUUUUGGGAAUAUCUUUCUAAAUGCUUUAUUCACAAUCUAUGAAAUUUUCAUUAAAAUUGGUUGAUAUUUAAAAAACAUCAUUUUGAACCUGAAGUGUCCCCU